AUAUAAUAUGAGCAGAAUGACGUCCACUGCUUCAUAGAUAUUUAUGAAUUGAUAAAAAUAUAAAAAUAUAACAGAGAAAUAUAUGAAACACGAUACGAUCUUGUGAAAACACCGUGACUGCCGUGACCUGUUUCACCUGUUUUGCGUAAGAAAAACAAUUGGAGAUAAUACAAAAUAAAAAUUUCCUUGGCUUACUUUCUUAUGUUUUGUUUGAUACAUAAGUCAUAAUGGGCGUUUAAUGUUUAUCUUUCGCUAGCCAAUUGUCCAUUUAACAUUGGCUAGUUGUGUGACAGCUUGCUCUUUAAAUAUUUGGCUGUCGAAAGAAAUUGGGAAAAGUUCAGUCUUUGUUACCUGACUUAUUUCCGUUGUAUAGCUCUGAAGUUUUACUGUUAUCAAAGGGAAAAAAAUGGAGAGAAGGCCACUUUUUCAUGAAUCAUUGUCAAAUCGCCGCAAACAUUUUCAUGACAAUGUAUUGAAAUCCUUGCAUGAGACACUUGAAGUUUUGAAUGCAGAGACAUCAACAGACUCAAAACGUGAAGGUCAUUGCCAUCCAUUUGAGAUUCCAGAUGAACCUAUUGAACAGAAUGAAAUGCUCAAAGAAGAAAUCUUUCGAGAGUGGCAUAGUCAAUCAAAUACAGUAAAAGAUGAAGCGAUGCUGACAGAUUCGUCUAAGACUGACUUGCCUUGCUAUGAAAUGGAAGAGCGUCUGCCAUUUCAAAGAGUGGUGGUUGAUGGAGAAGAAGCUAGUGGUGUACCUUUAAAGGACCUUCAGCAAGCUUCCGAGCUGUUGGCGGAAGCUUUACACAUUCGCAGUAAAUACAUGGCUUUGAGUCUGCAGAAUUUCUGUCCAACCACGGAAGCCCUUCUCAAGACUGUGCACAAUGAUUAUGACAUUCAGCAGUACUUGGAGAAAACAGGAAUGGUCACAAAAUCAUAUGAAGAUGUUGAAUGCUUAUCGCAAGUCAGCAAUUUAUCACUUGAGGUAUCUGAGAAUCCAUUCAAGAACAUCGAAAUUCCUGACGACUGGGGUUGCACAUUUGCGAUGAUUGACGGGGUUGUUCAAAUUACUGGUGCGGAUAGAUCGCAUCCUGGAAGCACAUUGUUUGAAGCGAAUGGAAAGAUUAAAAGACACCCACAUCCAACUCUUCAGGAAUUUUUUGUUGAUUACAAUAUUUUACUUGCGCUAAGUGCUCAUGGACCUAUAAAAUCAUUUUGUUUUCGCCGACUGAAGUUUCUCGAGGCUCGUUACAACCUUCACAUCUUAUUAAACGAAUUAAAAGAACUUGCUGAAAUGAAAAAAGCUCCCCACAGAGAUUUCUACAACGUUCGAAAGGUUGACACUCAUAUCCAUGCUUCGUCUUCAAUGAAUCAAAAGCAUUUGUUAAGAUUUAUCAAGAAGAAAAUGAAAUCAUGCUCUGGUGAAGCCGUCUUGGAACGCGAAGGAGAAAUUUUGACUUUAGAAGACGUGUUCAAGUCGUUGAACAUUUCCGUUUAUGAUCUAAGUGUUGAUAUUUUGGAUGUACACGCUGGGCAUCAAACUUUCCAUCGCUUUGAUAAGUUCAAUAGCAAGUAUAAUCCCGUUGGAGAAAGUCGGCUUCGUGAAAUUUUCAUGAAAACUGAUAAUUUCAUUCAAGGAAGAUAUUUUGCUGAGUUGAUAAAAGAAGUAAUUUCGGAUCUAGAAGAAAGCAAAUAUCAAAAUGCCGAGUUACGUAUAUCUAUCUACGGUCGCUCCAAAGAUGAGUGGGAUAAACUUGCAAAAUGGGCAAUUGAUAAUGAUGUUUAUUCCAAUAAUUUACGGUGGUUAAUUCAAAUACCUCGUCUAUAUGAUGUUUAUCGCUCGAAAAACUUGGUAAAGAACUUCGAGGAAAUAUUGGAAAAUAUUUUCUUUCCUAUUAUGGAAGUUUCUGUGAACCCAGGGUCUCAUCCAGAACUGCACACAUUUUUAUCUCAGGUGAUUGGUUUCGAUAGUGUAGAUGACGAAAGUAAACACGAGGCGUCUCUUUUUCAAGAAGACAGUCCUCUACCAUCCGAAUGGACGUUUGAAGAUAACCCUCCCUAUGCAUACUAUUUAUACUUCAUGUAUUGUAAUAUUAUGGUUAUCAAUCGUGUUAGAAGAGAAAGAGGUUUCAACACAUUCUCGUUUCGCCCUCAUUGUGGUGAAUCUGGUGCAGCAACACAUUUAGUUAGUGGAUUUAUGCUUGCUGAGAAUAUUUCUCAUGGACUGAUGCUUAGGAAGGUACCAGCCUUGCAGUAUCUGUAUUAUCUUGCCCAGAUUGGUAUUGCCAUGUCGCCGCUUAGUAAUAAUUCUUUAUUCAUUGACUAUCAUCGUAAUCCUCUACCUCAAUUUUUUGCUCGAGGCUUAUUGAUAUCACUUUCUACGGACGAUCCUUUGCAGUUUCAUUUUACAAAGGAGCCUUUAAUGGAGGAAUACAGCAUCGCUGCACAAGUAUACAAGCUCAAUCCAACAGACAUGUCAGAGCUAGCUCGCAACAGCGUUGUAAUGAGUGGUUUUGAGGACAGAGUAAAAACCCAUUGGCUUGGCUUUAAUUACAGAAAACAAGGCAUUCGUGGAAACGAUAUUCACAAAACAAACGUACCUGGUGUGCGAGUUACGUUCCGUUAUGAAACAUUACUAGAAGAGUUAACAACUGUUUGCAACGCAGCUCGUUCAACAUCACCGCCUUUAAGUGUAGAAUAGCUAGCUUUUUUCCAGCUCAGUCGUAGAUUUCACAUCUACAUUCUGUCCAUUCAUAUUUACAUACAAUUUAUUAUGACGAACUUUGCAAGUUUACAUUGUCAUAUCUUUAAGGUUUUUUAAUGGUUUACUACGUUCCUUAAAAUAUAUAUCAUUAGCUAUAUUCAUGGUCAAAGCAUUCUUUAAAAUUUGCUUUUUGUAUAUGGUUUAUUUAUUUAACAUUUUAAUCAACGAAUGUAUUUUAAUUUGAUGAAAUAUAUGGAGGGAAUGAUGAAUUGUUCAUCAAUGUUUUUAUGUAGAAAA